ACCUUCUACUUCGUCCAAAAGCAGGCUCUAUAUGGUAACUUUGGUAUUAUGUCUAUCCUCAACAACAGCGAUUUGCACCAGAUUUUUGAGAAUCUUGACAAGAAUGGAGAUGGCCUCGUGAGCCUCGAGGAGCUGAAUUGGCUUCUUGACAAAACAGGCGUCAAAUUCAGCCUUGGCGAGCUGGAAUCACUAACGGGAAAAACAAGGCUCGACUUUAAUGGCUUCUUGUUGUUCUAUGAUUCCAUAUCGAAUAAGCAAAACAAUGGCAGCAACGAAGAUGUAGAGGAGGGGAACGAGAAUCAAGAGAGCGACCUUGUUAAUGCUUUCAAAGUGUUCGAUUUGAAUGGCGAUGGCUUCAUUUCCUGCGAGGAGCUUCAGAAUGUGUUGUCAAGGCUCGAGCUUUGGGAUGCCAGCAGCGGCCGGGAUUGUAGAACCAUGAUUCGGGUCUAUGACACCAACUUGGACGGCCAACUUGAUUUCGAGGAAUUCAAGAACAUGAUGUUUCUUACUAUUUCUUGAAUUUUUUUAUUUACAUGAAUUAUGACUUGCGAGAGUGUA